AUGAGGCAAGCCAGGUCUGGCCGCUGCCUGGCCCUUCUGCCAGGGGGUCCACACUGUGGAAAAGGAACGCAGGGGCUGGAGUGUCAGGCUUUUGCAAGUCCCAGCACCGUGACGCUUCCAGAAACCUUGUUGUUCGUGUCCACUCUGGAUGGCAGUUUGCACGCAGUGAGCAAGAGGACAGGCUCCAUCAAGUGGACUUUAAAAGAAGAUCCAGUCCUGCAGGUCCCGACACACGUGGAAGAGCCUGCCUUCCUCCCCGAUCCCAACGAUGGCAGCCUGUACACACUCGGAGGCAAGAAUAAUGAAGGCCUGACGAAACUGCCCUUUACCAUCCCAGAGCUGGUCCAGGCAUCCCCCUGCCGGAGUUCAGAUGGAAUUCUCUACAUGGGUAAAAAGCAGGACAUCUGGUAUGUCAUCGACCUGCUGACGGGGGAGAAGCAGCAGACGCUGUCGUCGGCCUUUGCAGACAGUCUCUGCCCAUCCACCUCUCUUCUGUAUCUCGGGCGCACAGAGUACACCAUCACCAUGUACGACACCAAGACCCGAGAGCUGCACUGGAACGCCACCUACUUCGACUACGCGGCCUCGCUGCCCCAGGACGACGUGGACUACAAGAUGUCCCACUUCGUGUCCAAUGGCGACGGGCUGGUGGUGACGGUGGACAGUGAAUCCGGGGACGUCCUGUGGAUCCAGAACUACGCCUCGCCCGUGGUGGCCUUUUACGUGUGGCAGCGGGAGGGACUGCGGAAGGUGACGCACACCAACGUGGCCGUGGAGACCCUGCGCUACCUGACCUUCAUGUCGGGGGAGGUGGGGCGCAUCACCAAGUGGAAGUACCCCUUCCCCCAGGAGACAGAGGCCAAGAGCAAGCUGACGCCCACCCUGUAUGUUGGCAAAUACUCCACCAGCCUCUACGCCUCCCCCUCCAUGGUGCAUGAGGGAGUCGCCGUGGUGCCCCGAGGCAGCACCCUUCCUUUGCUGGAAGGCCCCCAGACAGACGGCGUCACCAUUGGGGACAAAGGCGAGUGUGUGAUCACGCCCAGCACAGACCUCAAGUUUGACCCUGGGCUCAAAGGGAAGAACAAGCUCAACUACCUGAGGAACUACUGGCUUCUGAUAGGACACCACGAAACCCCGCUGUCUGCGUCCACCAAGAUGCUGGAGUGGUUCCCCAACAAUCUGCCCAAGCAUCGGGAAAACGUGAUUCCGGCGGACUCAGAGAAAAAGAGCUUCGAGGAGGUCAUCGACCUGGUUAGCCAGACCUCAGAGAACACACCUACCACCGUUUCUCAAGACGUGGAGGAGAAGUUCUCUCACGCCCCCGCCAAGCCCGAGGCCCCCGUGGACUCCAUGCUCAAGGACAUUGCCACCAUCAUCCUGAGCACCUUCCUGCUCAUCGGCUGGGUGGCCUUCAUCACCUACCCCCUGAGCAUGCAUCAUCAGCAGCGGUUCCAGAAGGAACUGGAGAAAAUCCAGCUCCUGCAACAGCAGCAGCUGCCCUUCCACCCCCCUGGAGACCUGGCUCCGGAUGCCGAGCUCCUGGACUCGUCGUCGGGCCUCUACUCGGAGAGCUCGGCCACCAGCAGCCCCAACACCUCGCCCAGAGCCUCCAACCACUCGCCCCGCUCCAGCAGCUCGGCCUCCAGGGCCAGUGCCAGCCCCUCCCUGGAGCAGGACGACGAGGAUGAAGAAACCAGCAUGGUGCUGGUUGGGAAAAUUUCAUUCUGUCCCAAGGACGUCCUGGGCCAUGGCGCUGAGGGCACAAUUGUGUACCGGGGCAUGUUUGACAACCGAGACGUUGCCGUCAAGAGGAUCCUCCCCGAGUGCUUCAGUUUCGCCGACCGCGAGGUGCAGCUGCUGCGAGAAUCCGACGAGCACCCGAACGUGAUCCGGUACUUCUGCACGGAGAAGGACCGGCAGUUCCAGUACAUCGCCAUCGAGCUGUGCGCGGCCACCCUGCAGGAGUACGUGGAGCAGAAGGACUUCGCCCACCUCCACCUGGAGCCCAUCACCUUGCUGCAGCAGACCACCUCCGGCCUGGCCCACCUGCAUUCCCUCAACAUAGUUCACAGAGACCUGAAGCCUCACAACAUCCUCCUCUCCAUGCCCAACGCACACGGCCGCAUCAAGGCCAUGAUCUCUGACUUCGGCCUCUGCAAGAAGCUGGCGGUGGGCAGGCACAGCUUCAGCCGCCGCUCGGGGGUGCCUGGCACGGAAGGCUGGAUUGCUCCCGAGAUGCUGAGCGAAGACUGCAAGGAAAACCCCACCUACACAGUGGACAUCUUCUCCGUGGGCUGCGUCUUUUACUACGUGAUAUCUGAGGGCAACCACCCUUUCGGCAAGUCCCUGCAGCGGCAAGCCAACAUCCUGUUGGGCGCCUACGGCCUCGACUGCUUGCACCCCGAGAAGCACGAAGACGUCAUCGCCCGGGAGCUGAUAGAGCGGAUGAUCGCCACGGACCCGCAGAAGCGCCCCUCCGCCAAGCACGUGCUGAAACACCCCUUCUUCUGGAGCCUGGAGAAGCAGCUGCAGUUCUUCCAGGACGUGAGUGACCGGAUAGAGAAGGAGUCCCUGGACGGCCCGAUAGUGAAGCAGCUGGAGCGAGGCGGGCGAGCCGUGGUGAAGAUGGACUGGAGGGAGAACAUCACUGUGCCCCUGCAGACAGAUCUCCGUAAAUUUAGAACCUAUAAAGGCAGCUCCGUCAGAGAUCUCCUCCGAGCCAUAAGAAACAAGAAGCAUCACUACCGAGAGCUCCCCGUGGAGGUGCGGGAGACGCUGGGCUCGCUCCCCGACGACUUUGUGCGCUACUUCACCUCGCGCUUCCCACACCUCCUGGCCCACACCUACCGGGCCAUGGAGCUGUGCUCCCACGAGAGACUCUUCCAGCCCUACUACUGCCACGAGCCUCCGGAGCUCCAGCCCCCAGUGGCGCCAGACGCCCUCUGAGCCCGGCGGCCUCUGGGCCGGUGGCCCCAGCGAGCCUGAAGGCCUGGUCGUCGACCAGCACAGCCUGACCCUCCCGGCCUGGCGGGGAGACUCGGCUCCCGAGCAAGUGCCUUGAGCUGCCCGCGCUGCUGCCAGCAGAGGCUGGUGCUGACCGGGACAUGGAGGGGGUGACCCCUCCUGACCCGCAGGGAGCCGGGGAGAGGCUGGUGUCAAGCUUUCCAGCCGGGGGACUCUGCAAAGGAGGGCCCAUCGUGGGGGCUGCGAAAGGGGCACCCCGCCUUCUGGACGCACUUGCCUCAGACUUAGUUUCUUUCUGCCCUUCUGCUUGAUGUCGGCCUUUGAGCAGGAGAGCGAGACCCUAAGUGGCCUGUGUGCGGAAUGGGCACCACUGACCUCAGCGCAGCCUCGGCGAGAAGGGUGCCUGGAGGCCGGCGCCGAGGGGGAGGUGACCUGCGGAGCAGAGGGGGGCGCGUGGAGGCAGAGUCCCAGGUCACUGUACCCGCGCGUCCCCGGGGCCCAGAGCCCCCACUAGAAGGCGCCUGGGUCUGCAGCGCUGGUAGGAAGGAAGAGGACGCACUGUCCUGGGCAGCUGCGGCCCAGUGCCCGGGCCUUUGCCGGCCAUUGGGGGAUAUCCAGGAGCAUUUCUAGGCGUAAGGUCAGGAGCUCCCUGGCUGUCGGGAGAGCAGCUAAGACCCAGCAAGGGCAGGCCCUCAGGACCGGAGCGGGGGCCGAAUGGGGUGCUCCUGGCCACCCGGGGAGAGUCUGGGCGGGGGUUGGCCGGGAGGCCCCUCCAUCCCUGGGAGCAGCCCCUGAGCCCGGGAGCCGAGCCUGGUCGCUGCGCGCCUGGUGGCAGCCUCUUAGGUUUUUCUUAGAUUUUAAUAACUUCCCACUUCGAUCACACCUUAGAGUGCUGCGUUAGUGUGAGUAAGCCGAGCUUGACUUGCAGCUGACUGGUGAAGAGGAACGCAACCCACCUGCUCUCUUGUGAUACCAAAAACUCACCCCUCCAGAAAACGUGGUCGGAUCUAGAACAUUCUCUAGUGCGACCAGCAAAGCAUAGCAGCUCUCGAUGCAGCGGCGAUUGAGAGUAACAGUCUCUCGUGCGGUGAGGCCAGAUGGUUUUUCUCCCCCUGAAGUUGUAGAGCACACUAUUUAACUCUGAGCUCCCUGCCUCGCCUCAGUGGCGGCCAUCAGGGAGCGGCCACCUUGCCCACGCAGUGGGCGGCUCGGCGCGGUCCUGCCCUGGCGGACCCACGCCGCGCCCGACUGGAGUCUCCCGGCGGCAGACGCCACCCUGGCUUCUUGUGAGGGUUCCCUGGCGCGCCGGGGUAGGACGCUUACCACACGCCCUCGUCUGCCUUUGGAGACCUCAGCUUCACCUCAGCCCGGGCCUACGCCUCACCAGUUACCUCAGCCGAGCCGCGCCCUGGCAGCCCGCAGGCACCGCGAGAUCUGCCGCCUGCUCGCUGGUCAGCGCACGGCGAUGGUCCCGCCCCGCCCUCUGCAAGGCCCAGCGCUGGCCUACGGGGGCGGGGGCCGGGCCCGGUCUGGGGGGAGCCCGAGAUGGGGCCCCCGGGGAGGGGCUUCCAGGGCCGCCCGCCCCUGCGCCGCCCAGGGCUCUGCCUCGCCCGUUGUCACUACUGACCGUCUCUCCGGCCCGCAGCCAGGGCGUGAGCAGCUCCCCAGUUUGGUGUCACCUCCCCGUUAGACCCACUUGCCUCUGGACCUCUUAAAAAUGCCUCUAAUACUCGUUUCCGACCGCCGGCCUUUCGCACACGCGUUCAUCCUUUUAAAGCUGUGUUUUGUUGGGGCACCUCGCAUUUGAGCCAAAGCAAGAUGCUCGGGGCUGGGACAGCCGUGACCCAGACGGGCCGGGCUGCUCCCGGGAGCGCGUGGAGAGAGUAAACCGGGCAUCUCCGCGCGGCAGGAGACCCUGGCGGGCAGGGCGCCGGCCCUCUCCGGUCUUAAAGCGGGUGCUUUGCCGACUCGCGGGGUGCCCCGGCCUGCACCUCCCUGUCUGCAGGGCCGGGCGGGCGUCUGGCCAGUGCCGGCAUCUCCCCUGGGCCCUUUGAUCUUCAGUCUGGGCCAAGGGCCCCCUGUGGCGCCUUCCCCCUGCCAGGGGCUCGUGGUCGUCGUUGUGAAGGUAGAAUUCCGUCGCCUCUCAGAGAUGCCAAGCUCACUCAUUUCGUGAAACCUCGUGUUGCAUCUGUCUUUGGCACCAGUGCCAGAGUUUUCUCUGGUUGUCUCGAGUCUUUGUAACUUUGGUUUUAGAGAGCGCCUCUGGUCAGUAGGGCUCAGCGUUGCACUUUGGGGGAGCACUGGUAUUAUUUGGCCAAAGUCACCACUACAUCUAGGGGCUGAAGUGUGAGGUCCUGAGUGUGAGCAGCGGGGGAGAGCAGCCUGCCUGCCUGGAGCCGUCUCUGCUCACCGGCUUCUCAUCUCUGUAUUUCCUUGCCCGCUUGCUCGCUCUCCUUGGUGAUGGCCUGGCAUCGGCUUUCCCUGGAGGAAGGCCAGAAUUUCCAGACAGGUGAGCCCAGAUGCCGCCUCCCAGGGCAGAUCUUCACCUUCAAGCAGUGCCUACUCUGCCGCACCCGUUCCUUCACCACAUACCCCUGGCUUCUUCGCUGUCUGCACUUAGGUCUUUUCCACCCAGAACCACAGGGAGCAGGUCUGGGGCAGCCUCACCAGCCCCUGGGCCGAGGUCCCCCGCGACCCCCGCUCCGGGAGUGGUGCGGGUAAUGUUUUCCUUCUCAUGUCCCGAAAGCUGUGAUGGGGCAGGGCCCCCCUUACCUAGAAAGCAUUAUGGGUCAACUCUGCUGCAUUCUCACAAGCAAACCUUACGUAGUGUUCUUUUUGCAACAACCUAUUUAUUGAACCUAUUUAUAUUUAUUUAAUUUCUACUCCGAAGUGUAUCCAGUUACAAUUGCACUCGCUUAAAGCACCUCCGAUUUAUUUCGGACAACACCCCUGACCAUUUCAAAACUGGAAAAAUACCGUGUCCCCCCACAGGCUGGACGCCUCUCAGCCACACUGUGUCGCCAGAGGGCAAAUCAUUUGGUCGGGGUAAAAACGUUCAUUUUUAAGUGAUUUUAAAAAAAAAAAUUCUGUGCCAUUGUGUCUUUUCUGUGGACGGUUAAUUGUUUAAUGGGGAUGUGUUGAUUGUGUGAUACAAUCCUCUGUGGAACCUAAAAUCCUCUUUUUAGCUUUAUAUUUUAUAACCUGCCAGAUUGUACAAUUUUUAUGUGUAUUUUUAAAGCCCGAUGAUGUGAGGGUGAUUAAGUUAAAGGGCCUAUUUUUGUACCUCCUGUACAGUUUUGUAAUUCUGCUGGUUGAUGAUGGCGUCUUGCUGUUGAGCCAACUA